AUGGCUGGUUUGAAUCUAGGAGCAAUUGAACCUAUUUUGCUCUAUGCGGCUCCGAUCUGGGCGGAGGCUGCACAGAAGGUUCACAUUCAAAGGAAGCUUUCUAAGGCGCAGCGCAUUGCAGCUCUUAGGAUCUGCAGGGCUUACUGGUUGGCCCCGACCUCUGCCCUUCUGGUCAUUGCUGGUCUGCUUCCUGUCCACAUAAAAGCCAAAAUGGCAGCCAGGAUCUGGAACAUUAACAACUUAGGCACCAGCAACUACCUCUGCAGCAUCAAUAAGAAUAAUACUAUGCUUUCUGAUCUCCCUGAGCAAGUAAAGGAAGAUAUCAAAUCCUACGGUAUUGAGGUGAAGGAUGCUAACUCUAAUAUGACGGUAGGCUACCCUACCAUCAGUAGUUACACCCUUCCUCAUGAUGAUACCUGUGACAUCUCCAUCUACACCGAUGGGUCCAAGGACAACGAGAAUGUGGGGGCAGCGUUUGUUCUUAUUAACCAUCAAAACGGCGACACUCAUAAGUCUGCCUUCAAAUUAGGUCCUCAUUGUUCCGUCCCCCAAGCGGAAAUACUUGCUAUUACUAAGGCAAUCGACUACGUUUUCACCGAUUGGUUCCCCCAGAGGCACAGACUGGGCAGCAGUUCUGCUGGCCUUUCUCCAAGGACUACGUUCGCCUACCAGGGUCUCAAAGUUUUUCACCAUAUGCUGGGAAGAAAGAGGACAUUUGCUGACUCACCAGUGCAUGAGAUCGCCAUCACCAUACCACCAUCUUAG